UGAUAGAGAGACACAUUUUAUUGGUCAGUGUUGUUUGUACAGUUGCUGAACAAACUUCUUUUCCAGAGGUUUGGCCUGAUGAUUACAGAAGAAAUGCUUCGUCUAACCCUAACAUUCAUCUAGGAACUACUGGUGGUUGGUCCUCACCUCACAUGGAGAAAGAAUACAGUGGUUUUAGCCUGUUACAGCAACUAAUGUCACAAAAGUUGCCAAAUGAACCACUUCAAGAGAAAAAUCAUUUCUCUCAUCCCUUUCCACAUUCUGCUGGAUUUGAUGGGGAGCAAAUUCAUGGUUUUGAUCUCCAGAAGCCAAUCCAUCAUUCAGCUCCACAAAUGGAACAUCUUUUGGAGCUUCAGUUUCAACAAGAGCGGCAGUUGGAACUUCAACGACAGCAGCAGUGGUUGGAACUUCAAAGAUAGCAGCAGCAGCAGCUGGAACUACAGCUUUGCCACCACUAAAUCAAAUUGUUACAGGAGGAGCAGCAGCAGCAACAUCUACAGCUGCCACAUUUUCAAUCUCAGCAAUUGCUUAUUGAUCAGUUGCUGCGGCAUCCAAUGUCUGGUCCUGGUUAUGGUCAGCACAUAUUUUAUGCUGCUAGACAACAUACUUGAUCGAGUUCAGUUUCAAAGGCAUAUCCUUAGUGAAUCACUGCAGAAUUCUCAUGCUUCAAGACACCUGGAUUCAUCAUUGGAGCAUAUCAUCCAAGCGAAGAUUAACCAGAGUGCACUCCAGGGGCAGCGGACUGAAUUUUUGGAUUUAAUGUCAUAGGCAAGUAUGACAAUAUGCUUCCUUUGGAGCAUCAGCUUCGUCUUCAACAAGAGCAGGUUUAAGUGCAGCAAUUGUCUAUGGCUCUGAGGCAACAGUUAGGAAUGGAGGGGGAUAGGAGACUUGCUGGUUCAUUGUCUGUGGAUGAAGUUGGUCAAUUUGUUGGGAAUCCUAGCAAUCAUCAUCAGGGUCAUUCUAUAGGGUUGAAUGGUUCAGAUCUUUACCAGAAGAGGCUGUCCCCUCUUGAAGAGCAUUACUGCAAUCUUAGAAAGAAUCAUGCUUUGGAGGAUCUCCCGGAGCAAGGGAAUUUUGACCCCAACUCUACAGCAUUUGGCAGUUUGAAUCUCCCUGCAGAUACUCCUGGGAUAAAAGUAGAAAAUGCAAAUUCUCUAUAUCUAGCUGAAAAUCUUUACAUGCACUCAAACAACCAACUUGGUCCUUCUUCUUCAGGUUACCUUCAAUACUGCCAAAGGGACUGGACAAAGUUUCACAAAAAUGCCCACCUGUGCCAAAGGUUUCUUCAUCCCAGGAUGUCUUUUCUGAUCAAAACUCACUGGCAUUUGUCAAACAGAACAGUUCUGCAAGCCUUGCAACUUCUGAUGAAGGAAGACGGGAGACAGCGGCAAAUCUAGGAUCAAUGAGGUGCGUAGAAACUCGGGCAUCAAGCAAGAAAGAUGUCCGUUUUAGAAGGACAUCAUCAUGCAAUGAUGCUGCAGUGUCUGAAGCUUCAUUCAUGGAGAUUCUAAAGAAGCCGAUGCUUCGCGGGACUGAGGCGGCUAACAGCACUUGUUUGGAACCAUCAGACGCCGUUCCACAAGCCGGACGCGGCAACAAGAAAGGGAAAAAAGGAAGACAAAUUGAUCCUGCUCUAUUAGGUUUCAAAGUCACAAGCAACCGUAUAAUGAUGGGUGAGAUCCAACGCCUUGACGAUUGACAACCACACUUACUAUGUGCAUUCCCCGUAAAUCUUUUAACCCUAUAGAUGAUUUUUGAGAAGCAUAGGCAUUGAUUGAUUUUUUUAAU